AUGAAAAUAACAGAGGCCAUUUUGCGCACGAAGCUUACGGUAUCAUUCAAUAAUAAUAAAAGUGGGAACAGGAGGAGGCAGGUUCAGUCCAUUUUUGGAAAGACGCGAAUACUGCUGGAGAGCCGGUAGAGUUGUGUUGUGGGACCGCGGUGCGAGUGCGACUUGGCGCUUGUAGUCAAAGAGAAGACAUGCCGCGUCGCCUCUUCCUUAGCUAGAUGUUUGUGUCGUGAAGAAAGGUGGACAGACAGGGCUUCUUCACCGCAUUGCUAUCUGAGCCUGUGACCCCCCCCGAGAAAGGGAGUUGCUUUCAGUUAGCUGACCGACACCGGCAACAUCCAUGCGCGUUGAAAACAGGUGUACAGUUUCAUCACACGGACACAGCGCACUAGCUUCCGAGCCGCUGUAGCUCACUGCGUUUGUGUUUGUGUGUGUACUCAGAGAAGGACUUCAGUCAUUAACACAUGGAAGAGGCUGAUAACCUGACGAUAUGUUGCGGAAUUAGUCGAGUGAGGCGACACUCGUUUUAAGGCAUUAAACGGGGUACGAUCUGGGAAUAAGGCUUGACCGGGAGGAGAGGCUUAUGCUUGAGCGGAGGGAAGAAGACGAAAAAGCAAAUCAGAAUAUAAGAAGAGGAAGAGGGCAGGCACUUGGGCUCACGCCUCACCUAUACCUGACUCUUCUUAGCAAGUCUCCAGUCUUUUGGUUUUAUGACGGAAAGUGUGUCUCCCUGCAGUGGACCAGUAAGAAGUUCUCUUCAAUAUGAAUACAGAUAGCGGAGGAUGCUCUCACAAAAGUGUGGCCUUGUCACUCAUGCUCUCUCCCAUGAAGAGGGUCCAGAGCUCACCAAAUCUAGGCUCAGGGAAUGAUUCUCACUCAUCGGACUUGGAUUCUUGGAGGUCACACAGUGCAACAGAAGGCUUUAAAAAUGGAGACGCCAGCAGCUCAUCUCUUGCUGCCAAAGGCUUUCGCAGUGUCAAACCCAACCUACAGGACAAAAAGUCACCAACACAGGACAUGAAUCACGUGCCAUUGCCACCCCCCAGGAGAGAGAGUUUUCACUUCUCACCCACAGGCACUAAUCCACCAGACUACAGCUCCCUUGUUGCCCUGGCUAAUGAUUUUAGCCCUGGAUCGCUAACACUCACGCAGAAUGAGAAAGCAGUUUUGAAAGAGUCAUACGCCGUUAGUAGCACAUCUUCUUACUCUUACUCAGAGACCAAUGCAAACUCAGUCCAACAGGCACACCAGUCCACUGUCCUGAAUGCCAUUAGCAACUGUAGUGCACCUGCCACCACUAAUACACAGGUCCAGGAGCGUAAGGUGUCUUCCCUCAAAAUAACCCCUGUCACCAUCCCUGACCCCCCGGCUCACUGCAACUCUUUCCUUGACCCCAAACCUAAGACCCAGACCACAGGUUCCCCUCCACCUACUUCCCCGCCUCCACAAAAGGGUCCCACUUUGUCUCAGCCCCUGACACAGGCAGCCUCGCUCCUUGUCCACUUGGGCCCCGAGAAUCUGAAACAUCCAGACCACCAGCCUCCAAACAGCACAGCAGGGCUCAAGGUCCCAAAUCGAGCCCCAAAUCAAACCCAAAGUCCAGCUCCAUCCCAGGCGGAGAUAUUGAAGGCUCCUCCUGCAGUUCCACCAAGACCUUCUCCUGCAAAACUGUUGGGGCCUCCCUCCCCCGACCCCACAGCACGGCACUCCCCCUAUCGCUGCCACAGCUCAGAAUCACUCGACUACCUGUCAGGCCUAAUGCCCAAGGCUCUGUCGCCCGCCCCGUAUUUUCCUAGUGGGGCUGGUGCAGUCAGCAGGCCGAGCUUUACCACAGUCAGCAGUGCGGGCAUCGGUGGCUGCGCGUCACCCUCGGCUUCCCCUGUGACGGUGUCCGCUCUCAGCCACUACUCGUCAUCCACGGCGGGUCUGCUGGAAGAGCUGCAGAUCUGUAGCCUGGACUCUCCCGGCGCCUCACCCACGCCAUCGCCCACCCUCAGCCAUGCCUCUACCUACACAACCACUGCUGGCCCUGACGAUGUGCUAACAACCUUUGUGGCCUCCACUGCUGCAGCAGCCUCUGUCACUAACGGCCAGGUCCUCUCUCACGCUAUGAAUGGAAGUGCUCCACAGAGGCCUCUCUCUCCUCCAUCCUAUCCUCCUCCCCCCACCUCACUCCACACUGGGUUCCAGAGACAGAGCAGGAGUUCAGAGGGCAGCGAGUCAGUUACCAGAGAGUCCGUGGUGUUGGGCCACACCAGCAUCAGCAGCACUGUGCCCAUUGCCCGCUUCUCAGAAGAAGAGAAGAAGGUGUCUGUUAUUAAAGCCCCUCAUUAUGAAGGCAUCGGCCCCGUGGACGACUCUGGCAUCCCUAUCGCCAUCCGCACGACGGUGGAUAGGCCUAAGGAUUGGUACAAAACUAUGUUCAAACAGAUCCACAAGGUUCACAAAGCAGACGACGACUAUUCUGACACAUACAAUGCAACGUAUGCUGUCAUAAAUAAUGAUGACUACAGCCUGUCAUCUAACACCACCUUGGCCCACCCUGCUCCCCGGACACAUACGUACCGGCCGCUCGCCAAAAGCCCCUCGGACAACGGAGGGCAUCUGGGCCCUCGGGAGCCUUCGCCGUCCCCUGUACCCCCACCACCACCUCCACCCAUGCCGUCUCUCCUCCAGCUCAGGGCCCGAGACAGUGACCGCGAGAGAGACUCCCCUGACACGAAUGAAUGGGGUCCUCCCAACAGGAAAGUGGACACACGAAAGUACCGCGCAGAGCCUAAGAGUAUUUUUGAGUAUGAGCCUGGAAAGUCCUCUAUUUUGGAGCACGAAAGACCAACCUAUGAUGACAUAGAUUUAGAGAACGAGCCUUGGUAUAAGUUCUUUUCCGAGCUGGAGUUUGGGCGGCCGCCUCCUAAAAAACGGCUGGAUUAUAAUCCAGACAUCUCCGCUCGCCAGCGCAUUGAGACAUCCCUGCACAUUGCUGCUGCUGACAAGGCUCCGGAGAGACCUGCGAGUGCUGCCAGCGACUACAGGAAGAGAAGGAAGUCUGAGCCGUCAAGUUCCCAAGUGAAUGUCCAGUCUCGGAGCAGAGCUGUAACUUCCCCUAAACCAGUGGAUGCCCACAGACCCAGCAGCAGCUUAAAAAGACCUGUGGUUCGUUCCUCACCAGCCUCACCCUCCAGAGCCAAAGGUGGGGACGCAUGCAACAUGUAUCCAAACAGUUUAAACUCCCCAGGUUCUUAUCAGCACCCCUAUCUGCCCCCCGUCCCCUCUGGCCCUGUCCAUUGCCAUGAGGAUUCCAGCCAGGAAGGCAGCUCCUCCUCCAAGCAGUCUGUCUGUUGUAAGAACAGCUGGCCGAUAAAAUGCCAGGAUGCAGAGGCAUGGAGCAGUGUGGAGGAGGUACCGCCCAUCCCCGGCAAGCUCAAGUCACGCAGCUGUGAUGACUUACUAAAUGAUGGGCACUCUGGCUCAGGCGGGCGCAACGCCACCCGCUCAGAAAGUGCUGGGUCACUGGUUUGUGAUGGGAAUCCCUCAGGUUCGACUGGAUCCAUCUCCACUCGCUCACUGCCUCGACUCCACCGGCGACGGGCACACGAUUCACCGGGCUUUCUCCAGCUCUAUCGUAAGAUGCACCAGAUCGACCGAGCUCAGCUCAUCCCAUCUGAAGUAAUUCGCUCGGUUCGCACUCGCAUCCUGGAGCUAGAGCGCCAACCUCACCUGCAUCGGCAUCGCCUCUCUCCUUGGACACCCUCUUGGGGCAUGGAGGUGCCACGCGAUAUGGUGCCAACCCGCAUUUCUGCAUAUGAGCGCCUUAUUCAGAAGUCCAAAUCCAUGCCCAACUUGGGUGAUAGUGAGGUGCCUUCGGGCACUACCACGCCAGGUGGCUCGUCAUCUCGAGCCAGCAGCGGUGGCGGUGGCACACCCAGUUUUCCAAAACGCCGUUUUUCAAUAGAAUCUUUACUAGAGGAAGACAAUAAUAACAAUAAUGGCCACAGUGGAACAGUACCUCACACCAUGGCUCACUUGCAUCGACCUCGUAGCCCACCUGAGGGCCAGCCUCGUGUUGGACCGGAGCCCGGUCUUGGGCGGGCCUUUCCUGCUCCUCCUGUUCCCCGAGGCCCACAAGCCAACCAAGACUACUCUGACAGUGAACAAGACGCUGUUGCAUCAGACCUCAGUGACUUCAUCCAGGUGGAGGGCUCCUCAUUUUGCAGUGAGAGUGACUUUGACCAUUGCUCACUAACCUCCUCUGAGAGCUUGUACGGCUCUUCCACCCUUCACCACCACCACCACCUCCGUCACCACCACCACCAUCACCACCACCACCCUGGUCACCAAAGUCUAGGCCAGAGCCAGGGCUACCAACACCGCCACCUCAUCAGCUCUUGCAAAGGGCGCUGCCCGGCCUCUUAUACCCGUUUCACAACCAUGCUGCGCCAUGAGAGAGAGAGAGCGCGCCUGGAGCUCCAGAGACCUUCGCAACAGAGCCGCAGCAGCAGCCAUUCCCAAAUCCAAAGCUCACAGUCCCAGCAAGCGAUGUCCAAGCUGGCCUUCCUGGUCAGCCCAGUGCCUUUCCGCAGGAAAAAGGGCUCACCACCUACCUCUAGAAGAACCAGUGUUGGCGGAGAUGGAGGUAGCAGACCCAAGUCCAAACAGGCCAUUUAUGAUGCACUAGACGCAGCCUUGAGAGACAUAUACGAGCACAUUCAAGCAGAGAGAGGCCACAGAGGAACUAGGGCACCUGAUGAUAGCAUUCUGAGGAGAAUACUGGCCGAACUGCUGCCAAAUGUGCCUGAACGAAGCUCAUCAUUGCGGGGGAGGAGGGGAUGUUGGCACGGGGGUCAGUCCUGUGCAUCUUUGUACCCAGAUGGGAACCCCACUGGGUAUGCCUCACAUAGAGAGGAUCCCUCCACACCACGGCUGCAGUCACCAAUCAGUGCCUGUUACGGACGCCAUACAGACACCUCAAACAAUAAUGAAUAUGGAGAGGAGCAGGGCAAUGGGAAUGGUCUCUGUUAUUCAGACCAGGAUGUCUCCAGGUGUUAUUCCACCAUGGAUGGACGCCACACACCCCAGAGUAGAAGACCUACUCCUGACAGAGAGAAACAGCCUGCGAGAGCCAUUUAUGAUUUUAAGGCACAAUCAGCUAAGGAGCUGACAUUUAAGAAGGGUGAUGCAUUAAACAUCAUCCGGCAGAUAGACAACAACUGGUAUGAAGGGGAGCACCACGGACGAGUUGGGAUAUUACCUAUAUCAUAUGUAGAAAAGAUGCCAUCCUCAGAGAAGCAGCAGCCGAUUCGUCCUCCUCCGCCAGCACAUGUCAGAGAGAUCGGAGAGGGAGUAGCUCGCUACAACUUCAAUGCUGAUACGAACGUGGAGCUGUCUCUCAGAAAGGGUGAGAGACUUAUUGUGAUAAGACAGGUUGACCAGAACUGGUACGAGGGAAAGAUCCCGGACACAACCAAACAGGGCAUCUUUCCUGUGUCAUACGUUGACAUCGUCAAGCGCUCCCCGUCCAAGAGCUCUGCCCACCACAUAGACCCACAUAGUUACCCUGGCAACAGGACACCAAGCUCUACACCCAUCAAGCCUUUCUACCAUCUACCUCCAUCCUCCACUACUCGUGACCUCCCCUCCCCUCACCCCCUGUUGAGAAGGCUCGACCUGCAAGCUAUCACCAACGAGUGGCUGUCUCUCACGUUGGACCCAUCAGCGUCUACCCCAGCUUGCUCCCUGUCUACCACCCCUGUACCGCCCACCACCCCCCCCCCCCCCCUCCCCACUGACCUUACACCUUUCCUAAAGGCUCAGGAGCCCAAUGCGGUGUCACAAAGAGGCUUUGCCAUGCUGCCCCAGAGGUUUUCCAUAACUCCUCCUUUAAAAGAAGAGAGACUCAGUUUAGGUCACACCCCCCCUGCCGUGCCAUACUCCCAACCACCUCCUCCUCCUCCCCUUCCUCAUUCCUCAUUUACCUCUGCACUGCCUGUCUCUUCACUGCGAUACAACAGUGGCAAAGGAAUAGCCCAAGCAUUACACAUUUUUAAGCCAGAGGUUUUGUCCUGCACAGUGCCAGAGCCCAUAAAGUCGCCCAAACAGGUUCCACCACGGCACAAGUCAAAUGUGGAAGUACACAAAAGCAGCAUAAUCCCUGAUGUUGAGCUGCAAGUAAAAGACCCUUAUGACGAGCUGUUGUCCAUGGUUCUGGAUGGUUCUACCAGUAAAGACGAUGCUUACUUUUCAAGAUUGUCUUUGGUAGAUUCCCCACCAGCUACGCUAACCGAUGAAUCCCAGAGCAGGUUUACGCUAAAAGUAGAAGAAUCCCAUCAGCCAGCAGUGAAACCCGCAGCAGUCACUCCAGCCAGCGACUCGGCAGGCAGCGUUCGGUUAGAGGUGCAGUUUCACAAGCCUAUGACAAUGGAGCCACUACCCAUCACUUGGGGAGGGCGUUCAAAAACUCUGAACGAGCAACCAGUCGAGCCUCAGAGACCGCCAUCGGUGACAGGAAGGGGAUAUACUGAGUUGUUCAUUGAGGAAGAGGAUGAAGCUAGAGAGGACAGAGAGGAGGACAUUAAAGGUUUAAAUGAGAGACUCAGUCCACAGGCUGAUGUCUCUCCUUCCACUUUGACACGGUUUCCUCCCCCCGGCCUCCCCUCACCCUCCAUACCACCGCCUCUGACAUCCUUACCUCCCCCUUCCUCUUCUUCUACUUCUGUGUUCACUCCUUCAUCUUCUACUUCUUCCUUUACUCCUUUAUCUUCUACUUCUUCUUUAACUCCUUCAUCUACUUCUACUUUCACUCCUUCUUCCACUUCUACUUCUUCCUAUGCUCCUUUAUCUUCUACUUCUUCUUUAACUCCUUUAUCUACUUCUACUUUCACGCCUUCUUCAUCUUCUACUUCAUUUUCUGCAUCAUCUACUUCUUUCACUCCAUCUUCCACUUCUUCCUUUACUUCUUCAUCUCCUACUUAUUUCACUCCUUCUCCAUCUUCUACUUCUUCUUUCACUCCUUCGUCUUCUUUCUCAAAGUCACAACAGCAGGAUCGUAACACCAUCCCUCCCUCUCCCCCUGUCUCCCCUCGGCCCCCAUCCCUGCCUCGCCUCAUGUCUCACGCCUCAUCACCGCUCCCUUCAGUCUCCCCCUCUCCGCCCGUAUCCCCAUCUCCUUUUCACUCCUCUCACCCCUCUUCAAACGUUCCCUCACAGCGCUCUGUCUCUCACCCCCCAAGCUCUCCCUGUCUGUCUCAUCUGGUCACAUCCUGCCCCAACUCAGAGUCGCCUAUUCCCCAUUCCGCCCUGACUCCCCCUAAACCCGCCUCUCCUCCCCUCGCCACUCCGCUCUCUCCCCCAACUGUACCCCAUCCAGGAUGUAGGUCUCCCAAGGUGAAGGAUCCAGUUGUUGGUGGUAAACCUCCUCGUAGCCCCAUCUUGUUCCGGAGGUCCUAUCUGUCCCCCGUUAGAGGGCGAAGGCGAUUAGUUCAGGACGCACUCCGUGGUGGAGGAGACCCGUACCAGGCCGUGUACAACUACGGGCCUCGCAACGAGGACGAGCUGGAGCUGAAGGAGGGCGACAUUGUAGAUGUGAUGGAAAAGUGUGAUGAUGGCUGGUUUGUUGGAACCUCCCGAAGGAGCAAGUUGUUUGGAACCUUCCCAGGGAACUACGUGAAGCAGCUAUAAUGAUGAUUCCAGACUCUCCUCCGCCUCGCCGUGGCUCCGCCCCUUUCUGUGACACGUUCAUCGCCCACAGCACCCGCAGGACACCACCUCCCAACACUGGUCCCCCUCCCAAGACCUGUCGCAGUUGUGUGUUUGCGUGUAUGUGUGGCUCUUCAGCUUCACACAGACAGAACAUUUAGCUCUAACUAGCCAUCUUUAAUGGAAGACUUCUAUGAAAUAACGUUGUUGCUGUUUUUUUUAUCUUAUCUUUUUAUCCUUAUUUUUCUAUCAUGGAGAACGCAAACGUCGUGCUCCGGUCAGUGACCUUUAACUUUUGACUGUAAUGGAAGGAAUCGAAGGAACUUUGCAAACAGUCAAUGAUAGGAAAAAGGGCACCGCAGUGAUGCUUUUCUUUCUGUUAAAGGGCAGUUAGAUCACCACGAUCACCUUUUUUUUUCUCUUUUUUUUUCCUGCAGUAUCUCAAACUUAACAACACUUGUUACAUUUCAUUUCAGUGUUCAAUUACAGAUAUCCCCAAAGACAUUCGGUGCAGAGAGUGUUGUAAGAACAGCAUUCUGUCAGCAGGUCUGUUGUAUACGAACUGUGUUGAAGGGAUUGCAGCCGACUUACAUGUGGAAAAGAGUGUGUGCAUGUAUCAAUGUUAUGUGUUGCCUAAGGUAUUGAUUGGUUGAUAAGAAUUUGGGGAUAUGAAAGAUUAUGAUUAAUCAUUAUUAAGCCACCAUUUCAAAUAUUGCAAAUGCGGAAGUGUGAAAAAUAUUGACACUGUUGCACUUGCUGUCUAAACCUGAUACAUUAGAUUUAAAGUAUUAGAGAACACAAAAAUAUUUUCGACUUUUUGGUUCUUCAUCGUCACACUAGGAUUGAUGCACUUUAACGGAACUUUAACACAAUUUUGUGUUUGUUUUAUCUCAAAUUUCACUUCAGAUUUUACACACUAGACGUUAACAUGUCUGUGGGGCUUUGCUGUGUAUUGGUCAUGUUUGAAAAGUGUAUGCAAAAAGGUUACCGACCUUUUUAGGUAUUAUAUUUAUUAGAGGACAAGUGCUGGUCGAACUGUGUUAUGACGAUUUCAGAAAGGAUGGAACAACAGGAUGUUUUUCUAAUAUUUUUCAACAGCAGCAAACCCACAUUUGAAGGAUUGUUAUUGUAUUGUAUCAUUGUCCAGAUAGAUGCUGAGUGACCGAAUACACAAUAGUUGAUGGGCUAUAAUUAUGCCAGGUGUCAUGAUGUUUUAUGUUGAAUUAUUUAAGUCAGAUGCAGGAUUAUAUAGCAUUUUAUCAACAAAAAAAAACUUCAGUUAUUUAACUGCAGACUUUGGUGGCAUCUUUUAACCCUGUUGUCGAAGUAAGCGGCUCACUGUUUCAUGUUAUAUACUACUUGGAAUUAUCGGCAGUUUCCGUCUUAGUCAUGCUCGGUGAAUAUGAUUUAUGUUUUUUCUCACAACAAAACAAUUGUUAAAGCACCUUAAGAUAUAUUUUGUUUUAUCAUUCAUUGUCUCUCACGUCACCCCCUGUCAUCCACUACUUCAGCUGGUGUGAGAACACUUUGUGCGUGUGUGCGGGUGUGUGUGCUUUUUGUAAGCCUUUUGUAUGAGAGCUGAGAAAUGGCCAACAUCCACUUGCUUUAUAAAGUCAGCUUUUUCUCACCCACCAUCAUAUUUGGUUUCCUCUCCUUCUUUCUUCACAUGGUUCAUCAGUGGUGCUAAUUUCCACUUUUUCAAAGUUAAUAUGGUAGCCAGGCAUGUAGGGCUUUUUUCUCUCCAGUGCUUUGUUGUUUUAAAAGUGAGUGACGUAUUUAAACUCAAGUUACUGUAGUUAGAGUGAGUAAAGUUGGUGAUUGCUGCCUUACAUCCAACUCACUAAUUUAAUAGCCAUGUAUAUGUAAACCUUCUGUGAUGCAAACAAUUAAUUUAUGCAUAUAUAGUCUAGAAACCAUCAGGAAAGUGCACAGAAUGAUCACAAACUACAGUGUUGAGACAUACAGUAAACCUUUAGUCUGCCUUUGAUACAUUGGGAACCCAUUUAGAUUGAAGACAUGAAUUUGACCCCUGAUAUGUUUAUACAUGUAAUGAAAGUGUUAAUCUUAUAUGUUAUUCAUGUUAAUAUCAAAUUCAAUGCACACUCUUGGACCUAAGUAUUUCUACAAUAUCUUAGCAUUUGUUGGAUGAUUUUAUGGGGCUGUAUUGCUAAUAAAAUCCAGCUGGUAGAUGAAA